GCCUCUAUUGCCUGCCUUAUUCCGGCACCAUCGACAUCCUUCCGCCGCACGCCAACUCCUCUCCUCCCUCAUCGUCCAUCUCCCACCCUGACACUUUCUCCCUUUCGUCCCUCCUGCCGUCAGCGAAGGGCGAGGUUGAUUCCAAAUCGGAGACGGAGGCCGUUGAUUGGAGGAGUUCGCCGUCGCCGCCUCCACCUCCACCUCCACCUCCACCGGAGGUAGCAGGAGACCACCCCGGUCCGAGUUGGUAUGUGGCCGGUGCUGUCACAAUGAGAUCGUAGGGUCGAUCAUCGGGACUGCUGAGGAAUAAAUCUCUUAUAUUCUCGUAUGAACAAGCGACUGAACUAGGGGGUGGCCGUUGCAUAAGGCUGCAAGUCGCCUUUUCCGCUGUUUCAUAUAGAGGGGGACGAUCCCUGGCCGGAAUCGCAGAAAAGACCUGAAGCGGAGCCGGUGACGAACGAGGAAGACCGGAGCAAAAUAGAAGCGGUGAAUUGGGGUUCCUCUAUGAUUUUAUUAAAUUGAGGUGUCUUUGUGAAAACUUGAUCAAGCACCUCUUCUCCAUUAUCUACCGUCCAUUCGAACCCUUCGACGGAUGAUAUCGUUUAAAAUUUCCAUGCAUGACUUUGCCCCGGCCCCACUUCUUAUUGCACGGGGGUCUUUAUAAAUACGAGAGGCAGCGUUGUUCUUCGGCGCACCACUGACCUCGGCAUCGCGCUCCCCCUCACACCCGUCGCCGCCCAUACCGCGAGGAGGAAAUUACUGGGAUGGAGAAGGAUCUCGCCGCUCCUUCGCUGGCGGAGAAGGUGCGGAUCGAUGGGUCAGUGGCGGAGGCAACCCUAGCGCCCGACGGGGCGCUGCGCUGGAGCUCCGACAACGGCGGAAAGUGGUGCCUCACCUUCGAUUCCGAGGUUCUAGGGUUCGAAACGGAGGGUGCUCGGAUCACCAUCCGGGCAUUCGUGGAGGCGUCCAAGGGGACGGCUUCCUGUGGCUCUCAGGGGGGCCUCGGGAGGCGGGUGAGGAGGGAUUAUGUUCUCGAUAUGCCCACCGAAGAGGCGGCUUCCAUGUGGACGGAGAAGAUGAACGCUUAUCUCGAUUCUCUGGGACGGCCAAAGCGGUUGUUUAUUAUUUUAAAUCCAUAUGGAGGAAAGAAAGGUGCACUGAGAAUUUUCAAUACAGAGAUUAAGCCCCUUCUAGUGGAUGCUAAUGUCCUUUACACCAUGAAAGAAACUAAACAUCAGCUCCAUGCUCAAGAAAUUGCUAAGACCAUGGAUCUUCUAAAAUAUGACGGAAUUGUGUGUGUCAGUGGUGAUGGUGUACUCGUGGAGGUAGUUAAUGGUUUACUUCAAAGGGAAGACUGGGAUAGUGCCAUUCAAAUUCCUCUUGGGAUAAUUCCAGCAGGGACAGGAAAUGGUAUGGCAAAAUCACUUCUACAUUCUGUAGGCGAUUUAUACUCCGUUUCAAAUGCCACAUUUUCUGUUAUUAGAGGUUACAGACGUCCUCUUGAUGUGGUUUCUGUCGCACAAGGAAAGACUAAAUUUUUCUGUGUCUUGAUGCUUACUUGGGGCUUGGUAGCUGAUAUUGAUAUUGAAUCGGAAAAGUACAGGUGGAUGGGAAGUGCUCGCUUGGACUUUUAUUCUCUCUUACGCAUAUUGAAACUGCGAAAGUAUCACGGGCAUAUUCAGUUUGUGCCAGCACCUGGAUACGAAACAUACGGAGAACCAAUAACGCAAAGCUUUUGCAGCAGUGGCACUGAAUUUUGCAAAGAUGACCAGGGAGAUACAGUAACUGCCAGCUCGUGUGGCUACCAAGGCCUAGCAAUGGGCGCCUAUGGAUGUGAAUGGAGAUGUAUGAAUGGUCCUUUCAUUGCUGUUUCGAUCAACAAUGUACCAUGGGCAGCUGAAGAUGUGAUGCCAGCACCAAAUGCCAAGUUCUCUGAUGGCUACUUGGAUGCCAUAAUCAUCAGAGAUUGUCCAAAGUCAGUCCUCUUGUCGCUGAUGCUACAGAUGAGCGAUGGAAGUUACUGCAAGUCGCCAUAUGUCACGUACUUCAAGGUCAAGGGAUUUCGGUUAGAACCAGGAAACAGAGUAGGCAAUCCCUCAAAGGGUGGCAUUGUCGACUCGGAUGGAGAGGUUAUUGCAAGGGGAGACUACUCUGAUUGCAAUAGUGGUAAACAGGAGAAAGAGCAUAAUAAUCUGAUGGCUUAUGGCCCUCCCAUCGAAAUGGCAGUGGAUAAGGGCUUGGCCACCAUCUUCUCACCCAGAUGCUGACGAUCCAUCUUGCAUUCAUUUUGGUCAACUCUUUAUUCUCGGCCAAAAAGGAAGAAAAGAAAACAUGCACAAUCGUUGUAUGAUAACUGUAAAUCAUUGUCUAUUCUCACAGUUGAUUAAUGAGCAAAUAUAAAUUUCUAA